AUGUCAAGCAUGUACAUCAUUUUGACGUCCAUCAUCGCUGCGGCUGGAUUAUGCCGUAUUUUCUACUGGCUGAUAUAUCCUGGUGGCCACCGUCCUGUCACGAAAGCUUCCCUGAAGCACAUACCCGAACUCCGAUUUCAAGAUGAUAACAGUAAGAAUCGAUACCUGAACGAUACUCGCACCCUCCUUUUACUGGGAUACGACAAAUAUCUCAAGCAUGGGACUGCCUUUCAAAUGCACAACCCCGUUGGCGAGCUGGGGCCACAGGUGAUGCUUCCAAUGAAGUAUUUGGAUGAGGUUAAGAACGCACCGCUAUCGUUGUUUAGUUUCCAAGCUUUUUCCGAAAAGAUGUUCUUCCUCAACUAUAUUGAUGCUCCAUACCAAACGGAGGCGGCUACUCAUGUGAUCAAGAUCGAUCUAAACAGAAAUUUGAACAAUUUGGUCCACGGGACGUGGAAAGAGGCAAUUGCAGUACUUGAUGAAAACAUUCCUGCCAACGCGGAGUGGACUUCCUUCGACACAUACGACCUCAUUAGCAAGGUCGCGUCCCAAGUAUCAGCAUUCGCACUGGUCGGUCCAGAGCUCUGCCGAAACAAAGAGUGGUUGAAGCUGGCGAUCGAGACCACCUUUACCAUCUUUGGUGCCGCCAACGCUGUCCGGGACAAUUACUCACCUCGCUUGAGAUGGCUGGCACGGUUCUGGAAUGAGGCACCCAAGCAGCUACGGAAUGGGCGUGCUAAGGCAGCCGAGCUUUUGAAGCCCAUCUAUGCCGACAGACUCAAUGCGGUCAAGGCAAAGAAGAGCGGUGGUGAUGGUGACUCCUCCCCCAGCAAGUUUGCAGACACUGUUUACUGGCUUCUCGGCAACAAAGAAGCAGAUAGAACGUUGGCUGGCAUCGCAGAACAAGAAUUAUUCCUGACCACGGCGUCUGUCCAUACCACCUCAGGAACGCUGCAGUCGGUCUUGUUCGAUUGGUUAGCUCAUCCAGAGUACCACGCCGAGGUGAUAGCUGAGGCUCGUCAAGUCAUGGCUGAGCCUGGUGCUACUGCUGAUGGAGAAUACCAUUGGAGCAUGCAGCUGGUAGCAAAACUGUGGAAACUAGACAGUUUCAUGAAGGAGAGUUCUCGUAUGCAUCCUAUUGGAUUUAUCACUGGCCAGCGAUACGCCUUAAAGCCACACACAUUUAAGGACGGCCUCCACAUUCCCGCUGGCACCAUCUUCCAAUUUCCUGCUGAUGCCGUCCACCACGACCCUGACAUCUACCCAGAACCGCAUAAGUUCGAUGGCCAUCGCUUCCUCCGCCUCCGCGAGACUGUGGAUCCAAACCGCUUCCAUUUUGCCUCCGUAUCAGACAGCUCCCUAAACUUUGGUGCUGGUGCGCAUUCCUGCCCCGGACGCUUUCUUGCAACUUUGAAUGUCAAGCUGGUUAUGCUCUUGCUAAUUACCCGGUACGAGGUCAAGUUUGAGGACGACAAUAUCACACAAAGGCCAGAUGAUACGUUCCAUGAUUUCAAUAGAAGGUCUGAUCCGUCAAUAAGGAUAUUAGCAAGGAGAAAACAGUUAAAAUAA